AAUUUUAUUUUCGGUGUAGAUUUGAUGGCGUUUUUAUGUAUGUUGUAAAUAUUAAAGAUCGUGUGCGUUAAUAGAAACGCCAGUAACUGGGUAGGAAAUUUGCCUUUUGAAGUGUCAGGACAUAUGGAGCGGGUCAGAGUUGGCUACAGAGAUUAUGUUGAGUGUGUCUUUUUAAGUUGGAUGGUGAGAAGCAGUAGCGAACAGAAUUGACUUUUGCUGAGCACCACCUCCCUGUCUACAUGUGGGCGUGAUCCAGUCGGAAUGUUUCCAGUUACCUUAAAUACAAACUCUCCCACGUGUCUUGGAAUAGUCUGAGAUUACCUUUCACAGGAACUGUUGGCUCACUUGUCAUUUGGAGAGAGACUGACUUGAAACAGCAGGUCUUUUUGAACACUGGGGGAGUCUGAGGCACAUGGAUUUGAACUGUCUUGACGUAUUCCAUCUGGAAUGACCAGAAAAAUAUUUAAACUGAAUUAUUUUUCUGUCUACUACAAGAUUUUUUUUUUAAAUGUUGCAUUGGCAGUCCUUUUGGGUCCCAAGUACACUGAAAUGUCUUCAUUCUUGACCCACCGUUAAAAAGAUAGUCCCCUGAAGAGGGAUUUAUGCCAGUUUAGGGUUGCUGAACUUGUUGCUUUGGGUAUUUGACAGCUUGCAAAGCUGCACAGCCAAGUUUGUGCUCUUGGAUUUCAAGAGGCCUCUUGAAUGGAAAAGCAAGCUUUAAAUAUAGAAAUGAGACUCCAGUAAUGUCACACUGUAUAUCCUUCAUUGAGCAAACUUUCAUAGGAUUUAACUUUCUUUGUGUAUGUGUCACUAUAGCACUUAAUGGGGGGGGCCAGUUCUAUAUUUUAUAGCAAGAGGGAUAAUUGCACUUUACCUCUGGGGCAAAAACUGAGUAGGCACGGAAGGAGAGGACCAUUUCUCCAAGUAAAUGGCAAAAUUGUAUAACAAAGUUUGCAUCUUUCCCAGCUGGCAAUUAAGUGUCAGUUUAAUUCAGAACUGCAGAAUAGGAGAAAACCGAAAUAUCACCAGAAAACAAAAAUUGUAAAGAAUUUCUUCAUUAAAUGUGAGGCUCAGUGAAAGUGUCACAAUGUCUUUCAGUGCACAGGCUGGCCUUGUCAGGGAAUCUGUAUAUGCAGAUGGUAGUGACCCAGAAGAUUUUAUCAGCCAUGGGAAAGAAAUUCAGGAAAGCACAGAAUUCUUGUCCACACGAGAAGACAGUGAUGGUGGAGUUGAGAUACUGGUGGUGGACUCCCGGGGCAUCGAGAAGCGGAUGCAAGAAGAGGAUGCCCUUCUAGAGAAUGGUAGUCAGAGCAAUGACAGUGAAGAUACCAAUACAGAGCAGAGCAGAGGCUCCGCCCCAUUAAAAGAGACUGCUUUCUCCAUUGGUCUGCAAGUUCUGUUCCCAUUCCUGCUGGCAGGGUUUGGGACUGUCGCUGCUGGGAUGGUGCUGGACAUUGUACAGCAUUGGGAUGUAUUUCAAGACGUAACAGAAGUUUUCAUCUUGGUGCCAGCACUCUUGGGAUUGAAGGGGAAUCUGGAAAUGACUCUUGCAUCCCGACUGUCUACAGCUGCAAACAUUGGUCAGAUGGACACUACACGAGAGCUAUGGCAUAUGGUCACUGGGAACAUGGCACUCAUACAGGUUCAGGCAACAGUAGUGGGGUUCCUUGCUUCCAUUGCUGCAGUGGUCUUUGGCUGGAUCCCAGACGGACAUUUUAAUCUUCAGCAUGCCAUCCUGUUGUGUGCCAGUAGUGUGGCGACUGCGUUCAUAGCUUCACUUGUGCUGGGCAUGAUAAUGAUUGGAGUCAUCAUCGGAUCAAGGAAGAUAGGAAUAAACCCUGAUAACGUGGCCACACCAAUUGCAGCCAGCCUUGGGGACCUUAUCACAUUAGCACUGCUUUCUGGAAUCAGCUGGGGCCUCUAUGAAGAGCUGAAGACCAAAGUCUAUGUAAAUCCUUUGGUUUGCUCCUUCUUUAUUGCUUUGCUACCUCUGUGGAUUGUCAUUGCUGUAAGGAACCCACUAACCCGGGAAGUGUUGUAUUCUGGAUGGGAACCAGUAAUCAUUGCUAUGGCAAUUAGCAGCAUAGGUGGGCUGAUCUUGGAUAAAACUGUAUCUGAUCCCAAUUUUGCUGGAAUGGCUGUUUUUACACCAGUUAUUAACGGUGUUGGUGGGAACCUUGUAGCUGUUCAAGCUAGCCGAAUCUCAACACUUCUGCACAUGUGCGCUUUGCCUGUUAAGGAGUCUGGUAACAUUCGGAAAAAGUGUCCAAGUCCAUGCAGUACAUUUUUCAGUUCAGAUGUUAAUUCUCGGUCUGCUCGAGUGUUAACUUUAUUAGUUGUGCCUGGACACCUGAUUUUCCUUUACACAAUAGGCUCCAUGCAGGGAGGCCACACCACACUGACUGCAAUAUUUAUUACAUUCUACAUGAUUGCUGCACUUUUGCAGGUGGUCAUCCUCCUCUACAUUGCUGACUGGAUGGUCCACUGGAUGUGGGGAAGAGGAAUGGAUCCAGACAAUUUCUCCAUCCCGUAUUUGACUGCAUUGGGUGAUCUCUUGGGAACUGGUUUUCUUGCCCUUGGUUUUCACAUUCUGUGGCUUAUUGGUGACAGAGACUCUGAUGUUGGAGAUUAAAUCCUUAAGUAUUUGCAGCUUUGCAAGUUUCUCAUUAUUUUCAAUGGGAAUUUCUCUGGGAGUCUCGUAAAACAGUGUAGUCUGAAUGCUUGAAUCACUGAAGUGCAAUUUCAAUAAUAGAACAAUGUAAUUGGGUCACGCUAACACUGUGCGUUUUGUUGGUAAUGGAGACGCUUCAUUCUCUGAGCUGCUAUCACCCUUUCCCCCAAAAUAGUGUCAUCUCCCCUUCUGAUUUUGUAACGGCAUGAAGUUUUUGUACAUACCAUGCAUGUUUUCCCCAUGAGAUGGAACAUAAAACUGCACAGAACUUUUAAUCUUCCCAUCAGAGUUUGAAAUAUAGUCGCAGUAAAGUUUAUAUACUAUCAACAUUGUGAUUCAGGAUGCUGGUAGCACCACUGUAAUGAAAUUUCAGUGCAUUAUUUUAUUAUCUGUAAGGAAUUGUAUGACUUGUCCAGCAUGAAUAAUUCAGUUUGUGAUCUUGUUCAAUCUCUGCUCCCAAACAAUGCACUGUCUUACUAGGAACAGUGAAAGGAUAUGCUCCAUGUUUCUGUAUUCUGCAUUAAUUUAUUUGAACACUUGUGUAAUCUAAAAAUAAAUAAAACUUUUUUUCCUAA